CUACAAAACGAGCAUCUUCACUGUGGUUGAGUACUACACCUACCGACACAGCUUCAGCUCUCGAUUUUUUAAUGGAGAACUUCUCUGUCGUCGUUCGCUUUCGCCCAACCAGCAACCAGUCGUCGAUAUCAACCACCCAACACCAAUCCUGCAUCGAAUUCGACGACCACGACGACGACGUACUGACUCUGAUCGACGCAUUUCCGGACGAAUCGCCAUCCAAAGAGAUCUACCAUUUUCGACGCGUUGCCAAGCCUUCAGUCGAUCAGCCAACGUUCUAUAGAUCUGUUGUUAGACCAUUAGUGGAGAAAUCUCUGCAAGGAUACAAUGGCACUGUUAUUGCUUUUGGUCCAUCCGGGAGCGGAAAGACGUACACAUUGAGUGGGAUAGCUGGGGCCAAUGGAAAGGGUGUUAUCGAGAGAGCGAGUGAGCAGAUACUGAGCUGCAUACGUCGAUCGAGAUCAGGAGCUGCAGGCAGUCUUAUUGUUUUGGCGUCGUUCUGUCUCAUACAUCGAGAGAUUGUGUCCGAUUUGUUGUUGGAUCGAGCCAGUGUGGCCACUCGGAGUUCGGACUCUCUGUUGGAGUCUGGAGAGAUCGAGCCGAGGGACGGACUCGAGAUCCGUGAUGGCGAUGUGAUCGGACUCUCACAGCAUGUCGUUCGGACUUCGAAGGAGGUAGAGGCUCUUGUCAGGAAGGGCAAUCAGAAUCGUUGUGUGAUAGUCGAGCAGAGGGAAACGAGCGAUUUGUCUCUAUUUGAUGACGAAGACGAGAGUCUGCGCAGUGCGGCCGCUCAUACUGUGUUUUCGUUGACUGUUGAACACGCCGAAAUGUCGAAUUCGUUUGCGCCGAUAUCCGGCACAUUGAUGUUUGUAGAUAUGGCGGCGUCUGAGUCUCUUAUCCUGCCGUCGUCGUCUCAAGCGUGGACUACUAUGGAGAAUGUGUCGCCGAGAAGAAGCAAGCUGUCGUUUGCUGAUGCGUCUCUUCGUACGUUUGUGAAAGUAAUUCGCACUUUAAAUACGAACCAUGUUGGAGGGUCUACUCAAAUGGUCCCGUAUCGAAAUUCUGCUCUUACGUCGCUCUUGUGUGAGAGUUUGGGUGGCAAUUGUAAUACGGUCCUCAUCUGUAAUUUGUCGUCAAGUUGUUCUGAGUAUCACGAGACUAAACAUGCGAUUACUGUAGCCCAUGCAGCUACUGUAAUAAAGAACACCGCAGAUCGACGAGAUCUUGCCGAGCAUGCUCUCAUGUCGGCAUAUCUACGUGAAAUGAGACAGAAAUAUCGAGUAGUUAUUACGAGAGAAGACUGCACAGAAAAAAGCAUAAACAAGGAUGAGACUGCAAAACAAAUUGCAAGUCACGUUGCAUCAGACAUAGGUAAUAAUCGCGAUGAUAGACAAGAUGGUCAUGUGACUCGAUUAAGCAAAGUCAGUGAUACACCAAUGACUUCUCAAGAAGCUGCUAAUGCGUUGGCUGAAGCUGCAAUUCAAAAUGACGACGACAAUGAAGAUGAAAUUAUUGAAAGUGUAGAGGUCACACAAAGUGCACAACUUGACAAUGCACAAAUGCCUGCAAAUAGUGAGACAAUACACAUAAACAAAGUUGGUGAAAGAACAUGUAAGGAUGAUGGACGUGGUGCGGCCAAUGCAAACAGUAAAGACACAGCCAUAAAUGUCUGUUCUGAUUUUGUGUCUGAGUCGUUGCAAGAUAGGAGCGGAGCAUCUGUGGUAGACACAAAGUCUGCCAAUAGCUCAGCAGACAACGUUAGUAACGAAGCAGCCAAUGUAGUAACAAGUUCAUUGUGCACACUAAACGGUGAAUCUGGUGAUGCGAAUGUGCCUAAUGAUGUGAAAAGUGAAGACCAAGUGUAUCCGUUUUCUUAUGAUGAAGAGAUUGACGCAGAUGACCGAAAUGAUGGUGUUCAUCAUAAUGAAGCACAGGACGGUGUUGAUGCAAUUGAUGCUUUAGUAGCCGAUAUGAGUAAUAUAGUAGACCAACCCGUCGAUAACGUCAUUGACAACGAGAGACCUACCAGUCAUAAAGAUUCAGAACUAGGAAUCUCGUCAAUGGCUCACGACACGAAUAGUGAUGUACCAAAAGUUGAUAUCAGCAAACAAGAGUCUGGAUUCCUACCUAUCACGUCAGAAAUUACUAGUGGAGCUACCAAGACAUUCGACGAGGUCCAGCUCACUAAUUUCACGGACGUGGCCACUGUUGGAGGUCGAUUAAGUCCAUUGAGUGAUAACAUGUUUGAGAAGGUUGCUCACGAAUCAACAUCACAAACGGAAAAUGCUGUCGAUUUUGAACAUGAUGUUGGUAUGGAGAGACUCGUUCAGGCCAUGUGUCGACCUGGCAGUGGUGUUCCCAGGACGUUUCAUGGGACCAGACAAGAUGAUAUACAUAGAACUAAAGGUAGUGAUGUGCUGUGUAGUGGAGCAUCGCUGGUAGUGUGGAUUUGGAAUCAUGUGGAAGGCAUCCUAGAUUCUCAAGAGGCGGAACAAGUGUGUCAGCACCUAUUGGAUAGUGGUGUCAUAUGCCAUUCUGAAGGAUCAAGCGUGUUUGGUAAUGCUGACACCUUAUUCUACUACAUAAGGCAACCGAGAGCUGCUCCAUCAGCGUGGAAGACAGUAGAAUUUGACAACAAUAGGGAAGAAGUUGUCAAUGGGUUAGAACGGGUACACAGUGCACAAAGUAGAGGUUCUUCAUCUUCAAAGAAGAUGUCAAACACUAGUUACAGGUACAUGCUGAGGAAGGUCAAUGAAGAAAACAAGAACUGUGAUCAGGACAGUGUGCUUGAAGAUUUUGUACCUGAAGAUGAAGAUGUCAUCUUUUCCUCUCCGUCAAGACAAGACAAGUCGUUUCAUGAGGAAGUGGAGGACACGACAGAUGACUAUGGUUUGGUUCAGCGUAGAGGAAUCAUUUUGAGUGAGCUUAUUGACAGUAUAAAUGAAACACUGCAUCCUCUGCACCAUGCAGCUGCUACUGGAGAAAGAGCAGGCGUUCUACAGAAUUUAGUGCUCAUGUGUGGAGUGGACUUGCGAGAUAAAGAAGGACGGACACCUGCAAUGUAUGCCAUUGUGGGAAACCAGAUCAGAUGUCUCAACUUACUUCUCCAGUGCGGUGCUGAUGUACACACUACAGACAAGGCCGGUAACACACCAUUGCUUUGGGCUGUUUAUGGUGGCCAUCAUGCUGCAGUCGCUUCACUGUUGAAGAAUGGAGCAUUUGUUUCAUUGCCAGACCCACAGGGUUGCACAGCUCUUCACUGGGCGACACGAGUUGACAGUCCCAGAUGUUUAGAGCUUCUUCUCAAGCACUCAAAAGGAGAAGGCAUCAAUAAUCAAGAUAAGUCAAGUCUGACCGCUCUGCAUUGGGCAGUAGCUCAAGACAAAGCAGUGUUCACCAAAAUUCUCUUAAAACACUAUGCUGACCCAUGUGUCAUUGAUAGUGAGGGACGAACUGUUGCAGACUAUGCCAUUUUGAAGCAAGCAUGUACAAGUCUGAAGGUUUUGUUGGAUCACCAACCAGACUUGCUUAGACAGCGAGGAACAAGUGGUUGGACUCCACUUCACUUGGCUAGUUCUCAGGAGUCUGCUGACUGUUUGCAGAUUCUACUUGGCGUUGCUGCUAUUCGUAGAAUGGAUAUAACUUGUACUGACCUUCAGCUGGCCACUCCUCUUCACUGGGCCGUUCUGCAUAAUAGACCACAAGCAGUAAAGUUUCUUCUCAGUGGAGGUAUUAAUGAAAACUCCAGGGACUGCCGAGGCUGUACUGCAUUGGAUUAUGCCAAAACUAUGAAUUUUGAAGUCUGCCAGCAAAUCUUGGAAGCAGACAGCGCAGUGACACAAUCAACAGAUAACAGAUAUGCUACACUAAAGAGCAGCUGCAGUAGAAACACUCUGGGUGCAAGGCAAAACACAGGUUUAACUAAAUCAAAAUAUUCCAGAGCAGAUACAAUAAAGGAACAAGAAACAGAAAAGGCAGUGACAGUUGCAUCGAAGACUUGUAGUAUCAUCUAGUGUGACCAUCUCUUUCACAAAGAUUAUUAACAGACAUUCAAUGAAUCAUCUACAAUAUGGAAUGCUAUGAUUAUAGGUAUAAGUACAAUAGGGUGACACCUAUUAGCCUCAUCCCCAGACUCUGGUAAGUGGACAAGACUAGCCAAGAGAGUCUGGGGAUGAGGCUUACACUCAUUAGCUGGACACACCUAGGAAUGUGCCAGUUACAGUAUCAUGUGGCCACAAAAUCAGUAGUGGAAAAUCAUAGUCAAAGCCAAAGUACAGACAAAAGUCAAUGGCUUAAUUCUUGCAUAAAUAGAGCUGAUGAUCGAUAAUGGCAAC